AUGCCUCGGCCGGGGAAAAGCUCGUAUAGCGACCAAAAGCCGCCCUACUCGUAUAUCUCACUGACUGCUAUGGCUAUUCAGCACUCUGCAGAGAAGAUGCUGCCGCUGAGCGACAUUUACAAGUUCAUCAUGGAGCGCUUCCCUUACUACCGUGAGCACACGCAGCGUUGGCAGAACAGCCUUCGCCACAACCUCUCCUUCAACGACUGCUUCAUCAAGAUCCCGCGACGGCCGGACCAGCCUGGAAAGGGCAGCUUCUGGGCGCUGCACCCCGACUGCGGCGACAUGUUCGAGAACGGCAGCUUCUUGCGGCGCCGUAAACGCUUCAAGGUGUUGCGUGCGGACCACGCUCACCUGCACGCUGGCAACACCAAGAGUGCGCCGGGCGCCGGACCAGGAGGGCACCUUCAUCCCCACCAUCCCCACCACCACCACCAUCACCACCACGCUGCUGCGCAUCACCAUCACCAUCACCAUCACCCACCCCAGCCUCCACCGCCGCCGCCGCCGCCGCACAUGGUACACUAUUUCCACCAGCAGCCGCCUACUGCUCCGCAACCGCCGCCUCACCUCUCGUCGCAGCCACAGCCACAGCCACCCCAGCAGUCGCAGCCGCAUCAGCCGUCCCAUCCUGGCAAGAUGCAGGAGGCCGCAGCCGUGGCCGCAGCCGCCGCAGCCGCAGCGGCCGCAGCCGUGGGCAGCGUGGGGCGCCUGUCGCAGUUUCAGCCUUACGGGCUGGGCUCUGCCGCCGCCGCCGCCGCAGCUGCCGCUGCAUCCACGUCGGGCUUCAAGCACCCGUUCGCCAUUGAGAACAUCAUCGGCCGAGACUACAAGGGCGUACUGCAGGCCGGCGGGUUGCCCUUGGCGUCCGUCAUGCACCACCUAGGCUACCCAGUGCCUGGCCAACUCGGCAACGUAGUCAGCUCCGUGUGGCCGCACGUCGGUGUCAUGGAUUCGGUGGCCGCAGCCGCUGCCGCUGCUGCCGCUGCGGGCGUCCCUGUGAGCCCGGAGUAUGGGGCCUUCGGUGUGCCGGUCAAGGCCCUGUGUCAUUCAGCAAGUCAAAACCUGCCUGCAGUGCCCGUGCCCAUCAAACCCACGCCCGCACUGCCGCCGGUGGCCGCACUGCCGCCGGCGCUCACCAUCCCAGCCGCAACUCAGCAGCCGCCCGCACCGUCCACUGUGUGCCCGGCUACAGCAUCGCCCGCUGCCUCUCUGCAGCCCACAGCCCCGAGUACCGCGGACAGCAAGGGCAGCGCCCUGCACUCCGUGCUAGUACAUUCCUAG